GAGAAAAAUAAACAGCAAAACUUUGGCGCCUGUUAACCUACUAUUAUUUUCGAAAAUGUUACUUUAAUAAGUGUUUUAUUGGUUCAAAGAAGACAAUAUCAGGAUGGCGUGUGGAGGAGAGUGCUACUAUUGUAUGAAGCCGCCUGAGAGAGGGAUGGAUCUAGAUUCAGCCCUUCAUGAACUAGGCAUGCUUAGUUCUGGCACAAAUAGCCGCAAAGAAUACAUAAAAGAGCGAAAGAGAUCAACAAGCGAGUCAUCGUCUUCACGACCUUUCAAUGAGCCAAUGUCAAGAGCCUUUAAUGAACCGGUCCCAUUUAAUGAACCAGCAUCCAACUUCCAGGGAAAGGGGUUUCACAUUCUUCAGGUAGAUCCAAAGUAUGUGACUGGAUUUUCCGCUGAUUUUCCAGUAGUUAUGAAUGUGCCAAAAUUUGACAUUGAUGCUUCAAUGGAUGCUUCAAAAAUUCCCUCCACAUCUGAAACAAGCCCAAUACUAGAUCCUCGAACAAGGGAUUGUUUCUGUGUUCAGGGUUCCUGCCAUCACUCCGAUGCCACACCAAAGCAGACGAUACCUAAACGUUCCAUGUUGAGGAAAGGCCGGUAUAAGAGAUACCUGAAACCCUAUGAAGUCCCAUGGAGACUUCACAAUUCACCUCCAGAGGUUGAAAUGCACCAUCAGGAACAUUCCUUAUCCAAGUCUAAUGAGUCCUCUCCUGUCAAGGCUUUGAGUGGUGAAGGUGGUCCUUUAACUAGGUCAAGGUCGUUAAAUAACCUUGAAUCGGCUCGGGCAAGGUUAGCAGACAUCUUUGAGGAACCCCAUCCUCACCAUUCCGCCGAUAGACAAGAAAUUGAAAAGGUCUCUCAACAGAUAGAAAAUUUACAUUUUGUUGAAAAGACAUAACAUUUAAAUAUUUUCUAGUCUAGUUAAUUAAGUUAUUAAUAAUAAGAAAAGAGACAAUUCCACUACUUCUAAAAUGGUUGUAUUCCCAUGUAUAUGACUGCUAUAGUUAACUGUUGCUUAUAGUAAUAUUAUUUAACACUUCUUGUAAAAUGCUAUUAUUUAUUUGUAAAUUAGCUAUAGUAGUGUCCAUUUAGUUUACCUCCACUUGUAGGAUGUCUGACAAUGCAAGCACAACAAUAAUUACUGUGCAUUAUAAUUUAAUGUUUCACUGUCUUACGAUAUUUAUUUAAAUAAAUAUGGUAAGGUAGUAAAAUAUAAAAUUAUAAUGAAGGACAGGGGAACUUCGACAAUAGUUCUGUUACCGAAUAGGUGGUAAUGAAUUCCAUAAGACUUCACUAUUAUUUCUCUGCCGUAAAACCUGUUCAUAUUGAAUUCCAUGAAACCAAAUUAGAAGAAAAUGUCACUGUCAGUAAACAUAUCUGUAAAGUUAUUAUUUUUGUGCAGUAAGUAAUAUUUAUAAUGAAUCCCAUCAGACUUAAAAUAUAGGUUCUGGUAAAUAAUGUUUAUGGUGGCCUCCAGGGAACCUGAGAAAUUAGUUCUCUCCAGUAAACCCUAAAAUCAUAAUGAAACCCAUGGGACCUGAGAAAUGAGUUUUCUACAGUAAAACAUAUUUUAAAAUCAUUCACCCCUAAAAUUUCAUAAUGAACUAUUCCAACCUUUGAAUUGGAAGAGUUCAAAUGUGUCUUCAGGAGUGAAUGAGUUAAUAAUGGAUUCCAGAAAUUUUCUUUGAACACAAAAACAUCCAUUAUAAAUGUAUUGCAAUACAAUAUGUUUGUUUAAUGUGGUAUUCUAGUUGUUUGAUAUGUAUUGUGACAGCCCCUGCCCAUAGUUGAGUAGAAUAUUUGAUAUCGUAAACAAGUCUGGAAUCAGAUGUAUACAGUAGUGGUCAGUUCAUGGUAGUGGUCACUAUAUCAAGUUUAUUUCUUUGGCUUUAUUUUUGUCUUAAUAAAUUUUCUUUGUAUAUGUCACUUUUUCUGUAGCCAAGACGAUGUUACAAACACAGCACAUACCGUAGGUAUCCCAUAGAAAUGUCUGUUAAGUAAAAAUAAAAAUUUACCUCAAACUUAAAAGGUGUUAUAAUUACAUAUUUUGAGGUAAAUCAAGACAUUUUAGUUAUCCAACUUACUGCUUCAUAACAGAAUUAACUCACAAAUUAUCAAUCGUCAUCUGUCAUCACUUAAAUCCUAAUCUGUCAUCACAAGUUGAAUAUUCUGUUUCUCCCAUAAAUUAAAAUUUAAAUAACGACAGUGUUUGUUAUGCUAGGUGAUGUAUUCUGGUGUAAACCUUGAACUAGGACUUAAAUAGAUAACAUACUAAGUAAGCAUGGUAGGGAGAGCUAAUAUCCAUGAUAUUAUUUAAAAUUUUAGGUUUGGGAGAUGUCUCUUACCCUGGACAGGUGUAUCCGCACUUUUACCGAUGUGAG